AGGAAGCAGCGCUCCUCCCUUUUGUCGCCUGUUAACUUUCACUUUUGAUUUCUCUCCGUGCCGGUUGUUUUUACACCGCAUUAUUGUGUGGAUUAUGGCUCAUACUUUGAACGAACUCGCUGAAGCAAAGAAAGAGCUGGCGACAUUGGAAGGAAAAAGUCAAAAGAGCUGAGGAGGUAAAAGCCAGGAUGAUGUUGGAAAAACAUGAAGAUGAAGACCAGAUGAAGGCUGAGGAGCACAUGUACACGUGCCUCAAAGAACAGGAGGAGAGUUCAAAGGAGUUCAAUGAAAGCAUGGCCAGUGUUCAGGAAGAAGUUUUCAUGGCUGAAAAACACAAUCAACAUCUAUUGGAAAAACUGAGGAGAUGCCAUGCUGCACUGGAAGAUAAAAGAGCAGAGUCCAUGAUACUGAACAAAAAAUUCAAGAUUUCUGCAGCCCUCCCUGCCAUGGAGGUGAAUUUUUCUCGCCAAACGACGGAGGAUGAUGGCGAUGGCGAUCAGUUCAUUCAAGGAGUGUUUGCCAUCAGCCAGAAACCCGCUGUGAUACUGAAGGGAGGACAAGCCCUCCUCACCUUUGAAGAGGAGAAAGUGGCUUCUCAGGUUUUGAAGAUUCCUAAGUGCUCUGUGUUGUAUGAGGAAACACAAUUGGAUGUGAAACCAAAAAGAGUAUCAGUGGAACCUACAGUAAAGUUUGAGCUCCACCUCAGUGUUUCCAGAAAAGAGCUCAUUGUGUCUGACAUCCCAUCUUCCAUGUCUGUGGAGCAAACAAAGGACCGACUGCACAUCAAUUUCUCCAGGCCCAGCAGAGGAGGAGGAGAGGUGGAAAACAUCGAGUAUGACCAGAACACUGGGACAGGCCAUAUCACCUUUCUUCAUCCUGGAGUUGCUGAAAGCCUGGCUCUGAGAGGGCGCUACACUGUGGAUCUACAAUCCCCAGUCAGCGUGCACGUUGGUCCUGUUUGCAAGAAGCAGUUACGAAAAUUUCAGACCUUCUGUGGUGUUCCAAAGCGCACCAUCCUUCUUGAUGAGAUCAGAGAUUUUGGGGAUGAAGAGGACCUUCAGGACGUCCUGGAGAUCCAUUUCCAGAAGCCAAGCAACUAUGGUGGUGAGAUUGAGAACAUCAAGUACAUCUCCAAAGGGAAAAGGCUGCAGGCCUUCUUCUGCGAGGACAAAAGUGAAGUGCACACUUAGUUUUGCCAUGAUCAUACUAUGGUUCAUCUGUUGCGGUGUCUCUAAAAUAUUGUCUUGCCUUUUUCAUUAAUGUCAAAUCAAAGUAAAAAAACUGUGUGUGUGUGUGUGUGUAUGUGUAUAUAUAUAUAUAUAUAUAUAUAUAUAUAUAUAUAUAUAUAUAUAUAUAUCCCUCUGCCAAAUAAAAUGUGUGGCUCUUUCACGGCACUUCACAGAAUGCAGCUCAAACAUUUUUUACCAGAUGAUUGACAUGACUUAAAUAUGUGCUACAUGAAUGCUACUGUGCCUUAAUUGAGAGUGUCGUCGAUUCAGAACAUGGUGCCAUUUUGGUUCCAACUGCGCUGAACUGCUGAAUGAACCUUUAAUGUUUUCAACAUUUUUUUUAAAAUCAUUUAACCACAUACAGCCACACAUCCAGGUACAAUUGCUAUCAAAACAAAUCUAAAAGUAGUUAUGCUAUCAAAUUUACAUAAUUUUACAAUUUAUGAUUUUAUUUAAUUAAUUUAAAGCCUGAUUUAUGCAGCUCCAACUCUGUAACACCGUGUCAUGCAGUGACAUGUGUGAUAGUUUUAAAGUUCUCCGUCUCUUGAUUAUGCUUUAUUAUGUACUAAGUUGACCGUCAACAAGCUUUUCUUUCUACAAUCAUCACCUCUAAAUCAAAAGUAAGCUGAACAUUUUCCUCUUU